AUGAUCAGAUUUAUUCUUGUCCAGAACCGACAAGGAAAGACUAGAUUGUCUAAGUGGUAUGUUCCGUAUGACGAUGACGAGAAGGUUCGGCUGAGAGGAGAGGUUCAUCGACUAGUCGCGCCGCGCGACCAGAAGUAUCAGUCGAAUUUUGUUGAGGUGCGCCCCAUUCGGCUGCUAAAGACAGUCGUCAGCUCUAAAGAUGCGAUUAUCAAGUUCAGGAACCACAAACUUGUAUACCGACGUUAUGCGGGGUUAUUCUUCUGCGUGUGUGUGGAUGCGGAUGACAACGAACUUGCGUAUCUCGAAGCUAUUCAUCUGUUUGUCGAAGUGCUAGACUCGUUCUUCGAUAACGUCUGCGAGCUUGAUCUUGUUUUCAACUUCUACAAGGUAUAUGCUAUCCUUGACGAAGUCUUCCUCGCCGGAGAGAUUGAGGAAACCAGCAAAGAAGUUGUCCUAUCAAGGCUGGAAGCACUAGAGAAGCUGGAAUAG